AUGGCACGUUAUCAACUCAUUAGCUCCCUGCUGCUUGGUCUGGUCAUUUUGGUGGCCCAGACGACAGCCGAGGCGCCUCGAAGAUUGCGCUACAAUCGUCAGCGUCAGGCGGCAUUUGCAAGGCAGGAGAUUCAACCGACGCCAUAUCCCACUGCAGAGGAGCUGAAGCCGGAGGAGCCGGUGCUCAUCUAUGGCCCACCACCGUCAACGGAUGUGGAUGAGCUGCCCGCUGAGCAGGAGCUGCCAACGAAUAGCUUUCAGCCUGAUGCCGAGACCGACAUUGAUGUCGAUAAUGCUGAGGCGCUGGACAAUGAGGAGACCGCGCCAGAGCUCACAACGCCGGCUGCUUUCGCUCGCCUGCGCAUCAGCCGCCGCCAGAAAUUGGCCAAACUCCAGCUGGCCAAGGUGCAGCCCAACCGUCAGCGCAUUGCUCGCCUGGAGGCAGUCCCAGUACCCGCUGAAGCACCAUUGCCGGCAGUUCCCCAAUUUUACUAUGUUGGUGGCCAGCAGCAGCAGGCCUAUUUGGUUGCCUACAAUCCGGCUAACCAGCAGCUGGCUUGGUAAAUUGUAAAUCAGUUUGGGGACUGAUUGAUUGUUAUUGAUUGUGUUGCUCUAUUUGUAUACAUAUUGUUAUUGUCUA